CGAGGAGCUUCUUUGCGCCCACUCUGCCAGCAUGACCAGCAAGCGCAAGCGCGAGGCCGAUGGCGCCAUGUUCUCUGGCGCGCGCUUCUCCUUUGGCUUCCAAGCAUCGCCCGACGACACCGCUGCCGAGGCGCCGCCGGCCGUCGCUGCACACCCGACGUCCGCUUCGAUCCGCGUGGCGUGCAACGUCAACGGCGCCGACCUCGCGCCCGGCGACCUCGUCGUCAUCGACUGGGCCCAGAGCUCGUGGACGCAGCUGCACGUAACGUCGUCGACCGAUGCGAGCGUCGCCGGCACGGUGCACCCGCAGUACGUUGCGCUGCCGACAUCGGCCUACUCGGCGCCAGACGCCCCGCCGUUCAGCCUCGACGCGCCGCUCUGGCAGUUUGACUACGUCUUUGACCCUACGUUUUCUGGUUGCACGUGGCCGCUGCACUUUUCGUCGGCGCCGUUGACGGUCGAGCCCAAUUUGCAGUCGCUUUCUUGGCCACUGCCGUCGUCGACGUUCAUCCAGCACGUGUACAACCAGCGCUGCAUGGUCGUGCACGGCUCGUCGCACCGCCUCCAGUCGCUCCUCGAAGACCUCCACCAGCUCGACGUCGACACGCUCAUUUUGACUGCGUCGCGCACGGUCGCGUGGCUGGCGCAGGCGCCCGCCAAGACGCGCAUGCAGUACCUCGAAGUGCAGUCGCCGGAAAUGGCCCGCGCGAUCUACAAAGCGGGUCAUUCACUCUACUUUAACCCGUCGCCCGAGGUCCAGGAAAAGUACCUAACCGCGCUCUGCGCCGACCUUGGCAUGGACUUUACGAGUGCGCUCGACGGCGGUAUGGGCGGCGACAUUGAGCUCUUUGCGGUACAAGGUCGCCACUCGACGCCGUGGCACCUCGAUGCGCAGCAAAACAUUACAAUCCAACUCACCGGUACGAAACGCUGGUCGUUUGUCAAGGGCCCGGUGCAUGACCCAAUGACCAACCUCCACUUGGCGUCGACCAACACGCCGUCGGUCCAAGACGACUUGAUUACGCACUGCAUGAGCGGUGCGACGCCUGCGAUGCUGACGCCGCCGGCCGACGACGACCCGGCCAUUGCAUCAGUCGUUCUCCGCCCCGGCUCAGUGCUCUACGUGCCUGCAGGCUACUGGCACAAGGUCGAGGCGAUGGACGAAGGGUCGCUCUCGAUGAACUUUUCGAUCGACGGCAGUCGCUGGCUCGACGUGCUUUGGAACCGGCUGCAACCGACGCUCAUGGCGCAGCCGUCGUUCCGGGCGCGGCCCGACCUCCGCCGUGGCCCGGAGAACGCCCGCGCCCAGCUCAAGCAACUGCUUUCGUCUCUAAAGGCCACGAUCGCCGAAAUGGAAGACAACGUCGACACGCUCCUGCCCGAUGCGCUUUUUGCCCCGCCGGCCAGUGACGUCGUGUCCGUGGCCAAGCUCGCGUCGUCGACGGACCUCGAGCUUCCGAUUCAAGCAAGCAGCGUCCUUGUCCGGUCGUCGGUUGGCGCGUUGAUUGCGACGCCGCAUGUACCAGCGUCCGAGGGAAAGUACACGCUCGCCACGGGCGGUGCGGCUCGAUUUUCCGACGGCUUCAAAGCCGAGCGGGUGACCGUGGUCGCAGUGCCACUGCCGUUGACAGCCGUGAUGAACCGCCUCUUGGAGAUGCCGGUUGGCACGACACUUGCCGUAGCGGCGUUGCACGCCAUGGUGUCCGAGCACCCGGCGUUGACAAAGACGCUACACCAUUCCAUCGAGCUCCUUGUGCAGCAUGGACUGUUUACGCUCACGUCGCCGAUCGGCCCAUGAAAGCGUGCGGAUGCUCGUCACGAUAGCAUAACAUACCGAAGAAGCCCAUGUAUUCGACGACACCCCGUAUUCUUUCAUUUUGGUCCAUAAGAGCUGAC